AUGUCGCACAACAACCCCACGUAUCGUCGUAUCGCUGUGAUCGGCGCCGGGCCUUCGGGUUAUGCUGCUGCUCAUGCAUUGUCAUUGGAAAAAAAGUUCGAUGUCAUACGCGUAUUCGAAAGAAGAGACAAAAUCGGAGGCCUAUGGCACUAUGAUUCAAUUCCAGACGAAUUUCCUUUAAAAGAAAACCCAGAGGUUGUAUUGCCUUCUAAAUUUCCUGCUCUUGCGCCGCCUGCUACAGAAGAUGUUACUGCGCGAACAGCAAUCUACGAGAAACUGGAUAGCAAUGUCGGCGCGGAAAUCAUGGCAUUCUCGCAUACCCCGUUCCCCUUGCAGAAUUCGGCGACUUCAGUUCUGCGCCUAGGACAAAACAAUGCUAGUCGUCCGUUUCAGGUGGUGCAGAAAUAUCUCGACACAUUGUUCCAAAAGUACCGGCAUUUCGUCUCACUGCACACGACAGUUGAGAGAGCAGAAAAGAAGGGAGACCAAUGGGUUCUGUCCCUCCGUCAGCCUGGCCAUGCUGAGCCCGAUGGUCAAUUGAGAGACUUUUGGUGGCAGGAGACAUUUGAUGCUAUCGUUGUUGCGACAGGUCAUUAUAACGUGGGCGCCAUUCCUAAUGUCCAGGGACUUGAUGAGACCUAUAAGACAGUCCCGACAGCAUUCGAACAUUCAAAGUCAUACCGAUCCGCAGACAACUAUGUCGCAAAGAAAGUCGUCGUAGUUGGAGGCAAUAUCUCUGCUGCCGACAUUGUCACCGACCUGCACGCCAUCGUCAAAGGUCCUCUUUACACUGCGCAACGCGGACUGAAUGAGAAAUUGAUUCCCGCAUGGAAUCUGCCAGGAGUAGUUCGCAAGCCUCAGCUGAAACGAGUUUUUGCAUCGCCCACAAAUGGCAAGGUCGGCGUCGAGUUUUCUGAUGGUGAAGUCGUCGCCGAUGUGGACAAUAUUAUCUUCGCAACAGGUUUCCGAGUAGCAUAUCCAUUUAUCCAGCCAAACAACCCGGUGACAUUGACGAAUCGGCUGGAUGGCGUGUAUGAACAUAUCGUGAAGAUCGGGGACCCAUCCCUAGCAUUUGUCGGACAGGUCAAAGGAGGGCUCAGCUUUCGUGUGUAUGAAUAUCAAGCAGUAGCUGUGGCACGCAUACUCGCUGGUCGCGGUAACUUGCCUUCUGUCGUAGAGCAAAAGGAAUGGGAAAAGAAGCGGCUUGCACAAAAGGGGGACUCUGUGGCCUUUCACGAAAUUCUUCCGGACUUUGGACUGUACUGGAAUCGGCUUCGAGAAAUAGCGGGCAAACCUGCACCAGAAUCAGACGGAUAUGAGUUGCCCCUGUGGCGACAAGAAUGGGCUGAUACCGCUCUAGCGAUUCUGGAGCGAAAGGGGAAGUGGUGGAAUGACCAGAUACAGUAUGCGAAAGCACGUCUAUGA